GUGACUUUCACCACUUCCUUCGCUUUGACGUGCAGAUCGACUGGAGUAGGACUCUAAGUAAAUAUUCUACAUAAAAAUGAGCAGCAACUACUUGUCCAAAAACAGCGAGCUCCGCAAAGGAGACAGCCUCUUGUCCAACAAUGGAGGCUGGAAAGCUAUUUUCCAGGAUGAUGGCAACUUUGUCAUCUAUGGUUGGAAGCCUGUGUGGGCUUCAGACACUUCAGGAUCAGAUGUUGUCCGUCUGUGCAUGCAGGCCGACUGCAACCUGGUUAUGUACAACCAGUGCAGCACACCCAGGUGGCACACAAACUCCUACGUACCCAAUUCCUGUAACAUGUGCCACCUUCAACUGACUGAUGAUGGCAGACUGCUGGUGUACAGAGAAGCUGAAGAAAUCUGGAGCUCUGCAAAAUCCAGAGGAAUGAAGUGAUGGCCUAUUCAACUGUAAUCAUUGAGUCUAAACUCGAUGCUUUAAUAUGUUUUCGAUCUCCUUCUGAUUAACUAUCUCACUGCUUUUAUUAGAGUUCAAUAUGUUGUCAAACUCAAAAAUGAAGAUAAAUAAAACUUUUUGGCU